GCGGUCUGUUCUCUGCUCGGCUCACUCCUAGCAAUGGCGCUCUGGACUGGCCGGCCCUUUUCUCCGUUAGUAGCUUUGUUAUUGAUUGCUAGUGUACCACAGUUUGUACUUUCUUGUCCGAGUCGCUGUUUAUGUUUCCGAACCACCGUGCGAUGUAUGCAUCUAAACUUGGAGACCGUACCGACAGUUUCUCCUCAGACUACUAUUCUAGACCUGAGGUUCAACAAAAUCAAGGAUUUAGAACCUGGUUCCUUCAGACGACUAAAGAACCUCAACACACUCCUCCUCAACAACAAUCAUAUACGAAGGAUCCCUAGGGGGGCAUUUGAAGACCUGGAAAACCUCAAAUAUCUCUAUUUGUACAAGAAUGAAAUCCAAUCAAUUGACAGACAAGCAUUUAAGGGGCUUGUCUCUCUUGAGCAACUGUAUCUGCACUUCAACAACAUUGAGUCAUUGGAACCUGAAUCGUUCACUCACCUUCCAAAGCUGGAGCGACUGUUUUUGCACAACAACAGAAUCACCCAUCUUGUCCCGGGAACCUUCUCACAUCUUCAGUCCAUGAAGCGACUGCGACUGGACUCCAACGCGUUAAACUGUGACUGUGAGCUGCUGUGGCUGGCUGACCUGCUGAAGCAGUAUGCCGAGUCGGGCAAUGCCCAGGCCGCUGCCACCUGUGACUAUCCCAGCCGCCUGCAGGGCCGAUCGGUGGCAACACUGACUGCUGAGGAGCUCAACUGUGAGGUACCCAGGAUCACUUCGGAGCCCCAGGAUGUCGACGUAACAUCAGGGAACACUGUCUACUUCACCUGUAGGGCCGAAGGCAACCCUAAACCACAGAUCAUAUGGCUCAGGAACAACAAUGCUCUGAAUAUGCGUGAUGACAGUCGUCUGAACUUGCUGGAGGACGGAACACUGAUGAUCCAGGACACCAGAGAGACAGACCAGGGAGUGUACCAGUGUAUGGCCAAGAACGUGGCCGGGGAGGUCAAGACAUCACAGGUCACACUUCGAUAUUUUGGAGCCCCCUCACGGCCCAGUUUUGUGAUCCAGCCCCAGAACACUGAGGUACUGGUGGGGGAAAGUGUGACCCUGGAGUGCAGCGCCACAGGCCAACCCCAGCCCAGGGUGUCAUGGACAAAGGGGGAUCGGACACCCCUGCCCAACGAUGCCCGCAUCAACAUCACCCCCUCUGGAGGGUUGUACAUCCAGAAUGUAGUGCAGGCUGAUGGGGGCCAGUAUACCUGUUUUGCCUCCAAUAACGUGGACACCAUCCAUGCUACAGCUUAUAUCAUCGUACAAGCCAUCCCACACUUCACCGUCACACCGCAGGACCAGUCGGUCCUGGAGGGUCACACAGUGGACUUUCCCUGCGAAGCCACUGGCUACCCUCAGCCGGUCAUUGCCUGGACGCGGGGGGGCAGCCCAUUGCCCCUGGACCGCCGCCACGUGGUUCUGUCCACUGGAACGCUCCGCAUCGCUCGAGUGGCCGCCCACGAUGAGGGCCAGUAUGAGUGCCAGGCAGUCAGCCCAGUGGGGACAGUGCGCAGCGCCGUGCAGCUCAGCAUCCAACAGAGAGUAACGCCUGUUUUCACAAAUGCUCCAAGGGACCUGACGGUGGAGUCUGGCCAGGACGUCCAGAUUCCCUGUAGUGCUCAGGGCCAGCCACAACCCGUUCUCACCUGGAAUAAGGAUGGUGUGCAGGUGACAGAGAGUGGCAAGUUCCACAUCAGCCCUGAAGGCUAUCUUGAGGUCAAGGAUGUGGGCACUGCGGAUGCCGGACGUUAUGAGUGUGUUGCCCGCAACCCUAUCGGCUACCAGGCUGCUAGCAUGGUGCUUACCGUCACAGUACCUCCAGUAAGCCGGGAGGGUGACACCUUUGUGAGUUCAUCUAUAGAACAAGCCAUCCGUAAUGUGGACAGUGCCAUUGAGUCCACCAGGAGACGUCUCUUUGAUGGUCAGCCUCGUACCCCAGGCGAGUUGCUGGCUCUGUUCAGGUACCCACGUGAUCCAUACACGGUGGAGCAGGCACGUGCUGGGGAGAUCUUCGAGCAGACCCUGCUGCUCAUCCAAAACCACGUCAACCAGGGUCUCAUGGUCGACACCAACGGCACCGCAUUCCGCUACAAUGACCUGGUUUCGCCCCACUUCCUGGAUGUGAUUGCCAACCUAUCCGGCUGUACAGCCCACCGCCGCUUCAAUAACUGCUCUGACAUCUGCUUUCACCAGAAGUACCGUACCCAUGACGGCACCUGCAACAACCUGCAGCACCCUAUGUGGGGUGCCUCCCUUACGGCCUUUGAACGGCUGCUUAAAUCUGUCUAUGAUAAUGGGUUUAAUCUGCCAAGAGGUGCCACCGAUCGGCUGCAUAACGGAUACAGAUUGCCACUCCCAAGGCUGGUGUCCACCACCAUGAUUGGCACCGAGACCAUCACCCCCGACGACCGCUACACACACAUGCUAAUGCAGUGGGGUCAGUUCCUAGACCAUGACUUGGAUUCAACAGUGGCAGCACUCAGCCAGUCGAGAUUCUCUGACGGCCAGCUGUGCACGCAGGUCUGCACCAAUGACCCUCCAUGUUUCCCAAUCCAGUUCCCACCCAAUGACCCACGGCAGCUGCGAAGCGGUGCCCGCUGCAUGUUCUUUGUACGAUCCACCCCAGUGUGUGGCAGUGGGAUGACAUCACUCCUCAUGAACAGCGUAUACCCACGGGAGCAGAUCAACCAGUUGACUUCCUACAUUGAUGCCUCAAACGUCUAUGGCAGCUCACGGCAUGAAUCAGAAGAGAUCCGUGAUUUAGCCAGCCAAAGGGGACUGCUUCGGCAAGGUAUCAUCCAGCGAACAGGGAAGCCACUUUUGCCAUUUGCCACUGGACCGCCAACAGAGUGUAUGCGUGAUGAAAAUGAGAGUCCAAUUCCCUGUUUCUUGGCUGGGGACCACCGUGCCAAUGAGCAGCUCGGUCUUACUUCCAUGCACACUGUGUGGUUCAGGGAACACAACCGCAUAGCCACAGAGCUACUGAGGCUGAACCCCCAUUGGGAUGGGGACACUAUUUACCACGAGGCCAGGAAGAUAGUGGGGGCUCAGAUGCAACACAUCACCUAUAGUCACUGGCUGCCAAAGAUUCUAGGUGAGGCAGGCAUGAAGAUGAUGGGGCCAUAUGGCGGAUAUGACCCCAAUGUCAAUGCUGGCAUCUUUAAUGCCUUUGCCACUGCCGCUUUCCGCUUCGGACACACCCUCAUCAACCCCAUACUCUACAGGUUGGACCAGGACUUCCAGCCCAUCCACCAGGGCCACAUCUCCUUACACCGGGCUUUCUUCUCUCCCUUCCGUAUUGUCAACGAGGGCGGCAUUGAUCCACUUCUCCGUGGGCUCUUUGGAGUUGCUGGGAAAAUGCGUGUUUCAACACAGCUGCUGAAUACUGAACUGACAGAGAGGUUGUUUUCCAUGGCGCAUGCUGUUGCACUAGAUCUGGCAGCCAUGAAUAUACAGAGAGGGAGGGAUCAUGGUAUACCACCAUAUAAUGAUUACAGAACCUUCUGUAACCUAACCUCGGCGCAGACCUUUGAUGAUUUGAGGAAUGAGAUCAAGAAUCCCAGUGUCAGAGAGAAACUGCAAAGGUUGUAUGGCACUCCUCUGAACAUUGACCUGUUCCCUGCCCUGAUGGCUGAAGACCUGGUCCCUGGUAGCAGGCUGGGGCCCACCCUCAUGUGUCUGCUGGCAACACAGUUCAGACGCCUUCGAGAUGGUGACAGGUUCUGGUAUGAAAACCCAGGCGUGUUCACUCCUGCCCAGCUGACCCAGCUGAAGCAGACUUCUCUGACUCGGGUGCUGUGCGACAACGGUGACAACAUCACCCGCAUCCAGCAGGACGUCUUCGCUGUGGCUGAGCUGCCCCAUGGCUAUGGCAGCUGUGACGAUAUCCCCAAGAUUGACCUACGCAUGUGGCAAGACUGCUGUGAAGACUGCCGCACAAAGGGUCAGUUCAAUGCCCUGUCCUAUCACUUCAGAGGACGCAGAUCCACUGACUACAGCUAUGCAAAGGAUAGACCUGCUAACAGCAUCCAGGACACCAGCCCAGAGGAGGAAGCCAGAGAAAAGUUCGUAAAUGUCACUGUGACCUCCAAACCAAGCACUGAACUGCCAAUCACCGACUUCCAGGACUUUGUUUCUGAUAUGCAGAAGACAAUCUCAAGUUUACGAAAGCAGAUUAAAAAACUUGAAGCCCGUCUGAGCAAGACAGACUGCACUGAUACAGAGGGUCGCGAGUGGAAGGAUGGAGCAAGGUGGAAAAAGGACCCCUGUGCCACAUGUGAAUGCAGAGACGCCCAGGUGACCUGCUUUGUGGAGUCUUGUCCACCAGCCAAGUGCAAAAGGCCCGUCAAGCUAAAAGGCGCCUGCUGCCCAGUGUGCCUGGCACAGGCAGAUGCUGAGAGCAGGCAUGGAGGGGACACCCGCCACCAGUAACUCUCAGGACCCCCCCAACCAACAUGCCCUAGUGUCUGAAACACACACACACUCACGCAGAGAUCCAGAGAGAGGACGAGACUCUUUAAAGGUGUGCUAAGCCGCAGCCAUCGUCACCCAAUAGCCUCUGGUUUUUUGUUUUGUUUUGUUUUGUUUUGUUUUAAUUUGUUCUGUUUUGUUUUGUUUUAUCUUAUCCGGGGAGGGUUUAUUUUUUUGUUUUUAUUUUUGUUUUGUUUUUGUUUUGUUUUUUUGUGAUUGUUACACCCUCCAAGGCCAACAGCGUGAGGCUUGGUUUGAAAUCCACUGGCAACGAGCCAGCACUCACUAAAUGGAUUUAUUUUGAAACUGACGGAUGGAUAGAUGGAUGGAUGGACGGACUGAAAAACGGAUGGACAAACCUCUUCUACUUGCUUGGGUGUCCCAGACAGGGAGUCCGCUGAGGCCUCUGAAGUGUUACCACCAGCCGCUGUGUUCUCACCCCUGCGACUAACACGUGGUGACGAAACACAGGGCCAGUUGCCGUCGUCAAGCAGGAAAGGGAAGUCGAUUGAAAGGUGGCGGCCAUUUUGUUGUCUCACAAAACUUUCUCAGGUUAGAGAUGCCGAAAAACUGGUGCUAUUUCCCCGUUUUAUUUGUUAUUAAUGAUUUAAUCACUAAAUACAAACCUUCAAAGUAUUGUUUUUUUGUUUAUUAACAAUAUGCAAAGCAAUCUAUAUACACUCCUUAUAUGCCUUUUUAUGGUAAAUCACAAUUGAGAGAAUCUUUUUUUAUUCAAUCUAAAAGACAUUUUAUGAAUAGAGUUACUUCAUCCUUUCAUCUAUGGUGCUUUAUAUCAUGUUAUGAAUAUGUAUUUUUUUCUCCCUUUUGUAUAAAAAAUGCUUACAUAUGAAGAUAAUGUGAAGCCCUACAAAAACUUUUGUAAUGCAAAAACAAUGUCUACUGAAUAUUGCCUCUCUCUCUCUCUCUCUCUGUCUCCACGGACAGCUUGUUAGUUAACACACUUAUGGGAUUGAUGUAUUUGCUGGCCUGUCCCUUGACUUGACUUGGACCCACGUGGCACGGCCCAUCGCAGGACACCCGAACCAGCUCUUGGCAAUGUUGAGCGCUUUUUUCAGACUUGCAUUUUGCUUUCAAAAAGCAGCAAAAAAAAAAAAACAGUCUUUUUUUUUUUUUACCACUGUAUUAACGUGAACAUUUUUCCAGUAUUUUCCUCAAUCUUCUAAAGCCAAAUGUAUAACUUGAUAACUUAAAAAAAAAUUGCAUAGUAACACAUGUUUAGCCAAGAAAUUCUGUAUGAAUGUGUUAUAAUAAGGUCAGGAUUUAGCCUUGGUACUGCGAAGUCUACCACAGCAGUAUUCUCCCUCUGGCCCCAAGUGUCUGCUCACAGCCCCCCCCCCCCCCCCUCCGUAUAGUCUUUAGUCCAUAGACUACACACCAUUGAAGGACUCCUACCUGAUCUAUUGCCUCAUUUUCUCUGCUGCUCUGGAGCUGCAGCUCUCCAGCUCCAGUUUACACAAGGUCACGCUUGCAUGCAUUCCUUUGUCCAGGCGUUCACUCCGACUCCUGCUCGUCGUUCAUUGUUUUGUUUUCAACUCACAUGUGUGACCGAUUGUUUUUCUGCCUUUUAGAAUUGAUAUGGGUAGGAAUACUCCCCCGGCUUGGUGUUUCUUUGCUGUGUUAAAGGACUGCAAGACCGGGGUGACGUCAUUUGGCCAGGCAUUUGUGAAGCGCAGGCUGCUCUAGCCCUCUGACCCUCAUUCCGCUGUAAUGGAAGCCAUAUGACGGGGGAAGGAAAGGUGUGUGUGUGUGUGUGUGUGUGUGUGUGUGUGUGUGUGUGUGUGUGCGUGCGUGCAUGUGCGUGUGCGUGUGAGGAAGGAAGGGAGAAAGGGGUGGAGACACAGUGUCAGUCGGCUGUGUUGUUGUUUUCAGUGACCAGACAGGUUUGCUCCAUCGACUCCCGUUGCUUGGCCUUUCAGCGUGUACUGUUCAUAGACAAACACCACUCAAGUCAAUCCCAUGCACUGGCUCGAUUUAGAGGAACACAAGUCACGUGUUUUUGUUUUCCUAUUUUCCCUCGCUCCUAAUCGUCGUGUAGCGGCCGCAGCUGCAGUGUUCUUUUUCCAUUGUUUUCUUUAUGCGGUAACGUCCCGAGAAUGCGUCUGUCGCAAAAGCCGAAAUAGCACUCUCCGGAAUAUUCCAUUCAGCAUUCCACUGGGAUUGUCAAGGAGAGAGAGCACUGCGGAUUAUGUCACUGGCAGUCACACCGGCAAACGGGCAUCAUAUCAUGUGAUUAAAUGUUCUGCACAGGUUUGUACACUAAUCUGUGUGUUUACAGUGCAUGGACUUUUCUCUCCUCCAUCAAUUUCCUAUUUCUCUCAUUUAUCCAUGGCUCUUCCUGCAUUACCAUUUUGUAGUCAUGCUGUUCCAUUAUGUGGACAGAUGUGUGUCUGUUUUACUGGCUGUGUAUGCGUACGCUUGCAUAAACGUGUUUGUAUGGUCAGAUGUGUUUGUGUGUCUGUCUUCUGUCUCGGUAACAUGCUUCAUACAUUUUGGCAAGUGUCCCAAGGUUUGGCUGCCAAAGCACUGUGACCUCUUUUCCCUGCAUUACCAGUCAUCAUAUUCAUACAUUUGUUGUAUUUUUGUUCUUUUUCCAUGUUUAUUCUCUAGUCUCAUUGUAGUCCUCCUUUUUUUAAUUCCCACCUGAAAAAACUCCCAAGUGUCAAUGGAAUGCACUGCUCUGCAAGACUGAACAUGCUUUACCUACACUGUCCCUUAACGAGUGGUCAAGGUGGAUUUAGUACCUAUCUGACAUUUGUAUUGUACAUUUGCCAAAGAAAUGUUUGCACUGUAAUGUACACCUCUUGACAGUAAUAAUAAAAAAAAAUAGGCCACAUUUGAAUUACA